AUGCACGGAGGACUUCUCAUCGAUCAACUCGCGGGAGGAAAUGCAAACGGAAGUCCAGAAAGCACUACUCACAGCCUUGAUUUCGUCAUUGUUGGCGCCGGCGUCUCCGGAAUCAACGCCGCCUAUCGAGUCCAAUCCGCCUUGCCCCAUGUGAAUUACACCAUUCUCGAAGGUCGCCACGAGCUCGGUGGAACAUGGUCACUUUUCAAGUAUCCCGGCAUCCGAUCCGACUCAGAUCUCCAUACUUAUGGCUUCUCGUUCAACCCGUGGGAGAAGUCCAAUCCGAUUGCGACAGGCGAAAGCAUUACUGCAUACAUGAAAGCGACAACACGCAAAUUUGGCAUCGACAAGAGAAUCUCCUUCAACCACAAGGUCGCAGCCGCAGAGUGGCGGUCUGACGAGCAGCGAUGGAGAUUGGAGGUGAACAAUGAGGGCAGACGAAAGAUCUAUUGGGCAAAGUUUGUGAUCAUGGGAACGGGGUAUUACGACUAUGAGAAGCCACUCAAGGCAGAUAUACCUGGACUGGAGCGCUUUCAAGGAACCAGGGUUCACCCUCAGUUCUGGCCUGAAGAUCUUGAUUUCAAGGGCAAGAAAAUGGUUGUGAUUGGUAGUGGUGCGACCGCCGUCACCAUACUUCCGGCUGUGGUGGAAAAGGGUGUCGGGUCAGUGACACAGCUUCAGAGAAGCCCAGGAUACAUCGUCAAUAUGCCACAACCGAAGCCUGAGGACCCUCUUCCAUACUACCAACGAAUACUUCCGCGAUGGAUGGUGCUUAGGUGGCUCCGAUUCCAAUUCGUUCUUGUACCUUACCUUCUCUACCUCUUAUGUCAGACAUUCCCCAAGCUCAUGCGCUGGUUCUUCCGCAGCGAGGCGAGGAAGGCUCUGCCAAAAGACUUUCCAAUGGAUCCAAAUCUGCAGCCAAAAUAUAAUCCCUGGGACCAGCGAGUAUGCUUCGUACCCGACAAUGACUUCUUCAAGGCCUUCCACACGGGUAGAGCUCGCAUAGUCACGGACACGAUCAGGACGGUCACGGAAGAUGGAAUUGAGCUGAACAGCGGCGAGAAACUUGAGGCAGAUAUCAUCGUCACAGCAACAGGCCUUAAUCUGCAGGUGUGCGGUGGAAUCCCGAUCUCCGUUGACGGCAAGCCCGUUCAUAUUCCGGACUGCUACGUCUGGCGAGCAACAAUGCUCAGUGGCGUGCCGAACUUCGCGGUCAUCAUCGGCUACGUCAAUGCGUCGUGGACACUUGGCGCAGACGCCUCGUCUCGCCUUAUUGUGCGCCUUUUCAAACAUCUAGAGGACAACAAGUAUACAAAUGCCACUCCCCAUAUCACUGAAGAGGAGAAGAAGGAUCCGGUGCAGAUGUUGACUUUGAAGUCGACGUAUGUCAGACUGGCGAAUGGGAACUUACCGCAUGCCGGGAGAACAGGGCCGUGGAAACCGCGCGACAAUUACUUCCUUGAUAGUUGGACUGCCAGUAGGGCGAGACUGGAAGAUGGGUUGGCAUUCGGGAGGGUGGCAACGUAAGUGGGGCUGGGAUUGGUGUUACCAUGUUCAAUCCGUUCAUCGUAGGGCCUUGCGGAG